AUGGCCGAGGAGAUUGUAUUGCGAAGGGAAGAAGGAACAAGACUGAAGGAAGUAUGUUCUGCUGUACCAACUGGAAAGCGUCCACUGGGUAGAACAAAAAUGAGAUGGUAUGACCAAGUUAAGAGAGAUGUGAGUCAGUGUGGAGGGACAGUGGAGAUGGCAGCGGACAGAGAAGCGUGGAAGAGGCUGAUCUACGAGGCGAAGAAUCGACUGCGAUUUGUAGCGCCCCAGCACCUCUUUUCCACGUUUGUAGGAUCCAUGGUGCCUGUUGUAGUUGCUGCUACCAGCUCCAAACAGAAGAUUCAGCUUGUGGAUAAGAUGCGAGAAGUAGACUUCCUUCUCCAUAAUAAGCUAGGUCCUCCAAGAAAGCCUGACUCUUUCACCACAGUCCUGCCGAGUGGUCUUCUGCCUUCUCGUUUGUUCUGGUCCACAGCUUUUAUUAAUGAGUUCUAUCUCCUCCACACGUGUCCAGCCCAUCCCAAUCUCCUGGUGGUAAUCAUUUUCGGCAUGUUGGAGGUAAUGGAGAUCGUGUUGUCAGUAAGAGAACGAUUCCGAUUGGUCAAUGAACGAGUCCUGGACCUGGUCAUGAGGAGUCGUUCCAAACAGCUCAUGUGGACAAUGGCUUUACCUUGUGUCGAAACGUUUACAAUGCCUCAAGAAACAAAGAUGACCUUACCAGGACUGAGUGAAAUUCACUGGAGUCUUUGCUGUAUUGUUUACGACAUCAACUCUAUCUACGGCUGUCAAUGUGUUACUGCAAUGAUAUAUCUAUUCACAUACCUAGUUUACACUCCGUACCUACUAUUUGUCCUGUACGACAACAUGGCUAAAAGUACUGUGGCUAUUGUUGCAAAGCUGAUGGGAAACAUAAUGGCAAAACCACUAUUUGAAGAGUUGGAGACGUUUGCAGAUCAGCUGUUUCAUAGAGAUGUUGAGUUCACCGCUUGUGGAUUGUUCACACUCCAGACAUCUCUCGUGAUAUCAGUGGCCAGUGCAGUGACCACCUACAUGGCCAUCAUUAUCCAGUUCCAAGCCUCAUCAGAAGACGUCACUACCAAAGCACAAACCUCUCCUGUUACUCAGGCAUCGUCCAAUAGCAGUCCACAGCAGUAG